AUGCAUUGCCGCCACAUCCUCAGUAGCGUCGCCGCCGUUUUCUUUAUCCACGGUGCUGAAGCAGCACCAACCACCACAACGAUCACAGAGCAAGAGAUUGCUUCCCUCCUGGCUGGCCCCGAUCCAGCAUGGAUUGCAGACCCGGGAAACAACGCACACCUCCUAGAUGAAUGGGAGGCAGCUCUGGACAGACACAACCUAAAAGCCAACUUCACCGCCCGGUAUCUAGCCGAUCCAGCAGCCUAUCCAUACCUCCCUGUCAGCGAUGAUGAAAUGACAGCGUCAUGGAAGUUCUUCGAAAGCCUCCAUCUCGACCCCGACAUGACUCACCAAGCAUCCGAGUUUAACCUCUCGUCUCCCAACAGCACUUCUAGCCUGGAAAAGCGUCAAACCAGUACCACUAAUCUGCUUGACCUGGCGGUAUGCAAAUAUUACUGCCAGGACCGCGGACAUAUUGAUCGUAAUGGGGACCACGACUACAAUUCAGUAUGUGUUUGCAAGGGACUGGAGGACUGUCAGAGCAGUGGUCACUGGCCCAAGGGUAUAAAGGGCAGAUGUCCAGCCGAGGUACCCUAUCAAAAUCUCGGCGAGGGCCCGCCACGGAAAGAAAAGGACUGGUAA